GAAGCACCUCGCGCCCCAAGCCAACGGUCACUCAGGAGCCUUGGGAACCCGGCCGAGGGCCGCAUCCCCAGAUGCUGGGGAGCACUGAACGCUGAAUUCCCCUUCCGCGGCGACACCCCACGGCCGCAUCAUGGGUCUGUACCUGAGUAGGUAUCUGAUUAAGUACCUGGCCAAGCCCGAGCCCACCAUGUCCGCCGCAGCCCAGAAGCACCGGUCCCCGCGGCCCAGGUCUGUCCACCACCGCCAGGUUGGGAACCUGGAAGUGUCCCAAGUGCAGCGGAAGCGCCAGGCCCGGAUCGCACCGCUGCCCACCGCAGCGGCCAGCCUGGAACACGCCCCGGUCCAGAGGGCCACCUUGCCCGAAGCUAGCAGGCUCCUCCCCAGCCGGCCCCGCCAGGCCCUCGCGGGGCUGGACCCCACCAGUGGCCGCCUGAGUCGCACCAAGCGCCGGCUGGGCAAGGCCCAGAACCCCGCGGCGCCCCGCAGCCAGGUCACCAUGCAGAUCGCCGCCCCGCAGCGCCCUGGCAGCCUCUACAGGUGCGCGCGAGCCCAGGAGGGCCCUGACCCCUGCGCCAGGGACACCGUGCUGAGGGCCCUGGGCCAGUGCAGCAAGGGCAGGAGGAAAUUCGAUGGCCCGCUCUGGCUGGAGAGCCCGGAGCCCAAGAGGCAGAGGCAGAGGCAGAGCCCGUCGCCGAAGCUGUCUGCCUUCGUGCCGGUCACCAGGAAUGGCGUGAUCCUUGCCUUCAUGCCCAGGCCUAGUGGGCACCUGCACCGGGGCGCCCGCUCGCGGCCAGCGGAAGGCCACAGAAGGAGACGCGCCGCCGAGGCCUCCCGUGCAGCCUCAGCUCAGCCUCCGCAGCCGGCGGCCAGGCCUGCUGCGGGGACCUCGCCAGACCAGGCCCUGCUCACAGGGCCUCCCGCACAGAGCUGGGAGCAGCUGUGCCACCGCCCGCGGGAGCCCGCCCCAAAGGCGCCCCUCCGCCACUGAGCACGCCUGGCCUGCGGGCACACCUGCUCCAGAGAGAGUGGGGGUCCUGGGACCACAGCCACAGCUCUUCCGUGCACGGAGCCCCCAGCUGGCCUCCUCCUGCUGCAGCCAAGUGUGCCCCAACCCACAGGCCUCUCUCCUCUCCCUGGGAGGUCUUGCUCCAAGGACUGCCCAAGGCGACACACCUGCCUUUCCAGGUCCACGCACACCUGCCUCUUCCGUGUGAGCACGCUGCCCAGGAAGACGGCUUCUUCUCAAGUGCCUGUUUGUCUCCAGUUAAAUAUUUGCUCUAAUUUUAAAUAAAAUUCAUAGUUAUAAUGGCAAGCUGCUUUAUUAU